CGAUUGUGAGAUCAUAUAAUUCCCAGCUUUCAGCUUUGUUUUGAAAAUUUUUUAUUCGGUUUUUCAGUAUGACAUGUCUCUUCAUAAGGAAUAUUAUUUGAUUAAUUUGCUGCUUUUGUUGGCAAAGUUUAGUCUUCAUAAAUAUGCAAAACGGUCAAUAAGUUUGUCCUGGUCUAUGCAACCAAAGAUAUGCCUUUCAGCUGACAUGACAGCCAAGUGAUGGAGCCUGUUUUGACCCAUUGUUCCCCUGAGCCAGGUGUGGAGGCAACAUAGUGCACUAAAUGACAUUCACAGCUACAACUACUGACAGGACUGGCUCCGGUCCGCCCAGGGAGGAGCAGCUGUCGUCCGCCAGAGGGUGGAGGAGUGAUCAAGGACAAGGCGACGGCGUGUCUGGGAACUGGUGAGCAAUUUUUCCCAGAAAAGAGGGGGGGAUGUACAUCAUGCCGGGGGUUCCCCGGCCUGAGGCAAAGGAGUGAGGAGUGUGACGAGGAGGAGGGUGGGGCCGGGCCGUGACUAUGCAUGCCUGGCCCCCAAUUGGGCUAAUCAGCCGAGGAGGGGGAUAAGUGCAGCGGAAUGCGGCAGUUCGGGAGAGAGAGCCACAUGCAGCUGCAGUGUCCUGUUCUGCAAGGAUAUUUCAGAAGUUCUUGCUCUUGGAGAGUCCAGACAGGCACUGAGUUUGAGCAAGUACCAAUAAAUCUCAUCAAGGAUGGUGGGCAACAGCUCACAGAUCAGUUUAAAGCAUUUAAUCCAAUGCAGCAAGUGUCCACUGAUGGCAUCACCUUGUCUCACUCGGAAACUUGGCCAGGGCCCUGCCUCCUGCCUGCAGACCCAAAGCAGCAUGCUCAGGUCCGCAUGAUCUGUGACAUCAUCGCCUCUGGGAUCGAGCCCCUCCAGAACCUGUAUGUGAUUCAGAAAAUUGGAGCAGAGAAGGUACAGUGGGCUCAACAUUUCAUCAACAGAGGAUUUGAAGGCGAGUUUUUAACUAAUGACACCUUUGGUCUUUUCAAUACAGUGCAGUUACAUUUUGCUUUUAUCUUAGUUCUGCCAUAACUAAUUUUUCUAUACUCAGUGACAACAUUUAUAUGCACAUUUUGAUUCUGGAUAUGCCUUUAUUCAGAAAGCGACAUUUACAUGCUUCAAAACUAUUGGAAUAUUCCUGUACACAUGUAAUCAGCAUAUUGUGAAUAAACUAAGGGUGCAUCUCAAUCUGCUCCGUAUGUCGUGAAUCAGUAUAUCGUGAACAAAUUGGAGCACUGGCAAAGGUUGUUUAUCUACUGAACAUUGAGACGCUUAUGACUCAGUCGCCCCUGACAUGAUUAGCCACGAGCUGGCGCAUUAAAACACAGCUGGUAUUAAUCAACAACAUCGCUGUAUAAAUGACAGACUCGUACAUUUUCAAUUUAGAUAUUCAAAUGUACAGUGUUAUAUGAAAGAUAAAUGACAUAAAUACAAAUAAAAAAAAGGAGUGUAUUUUUUUAUUAUUAUUAUUUUAUCCCCUUUUCUCCCAAUUUUGGAAUGCCCAAUUCCCACUACUUACUAGGUCCUUGUGGUGGCGCUGUUACUCACCUCAAUCCGGGUGGCGGAGGACAAGUCUCAGUUGUCUCCGCUUCUGAGACCGGCAAGCCACGCAUCUUAUCAUGUGGCUCGCUAUGCAUGACGCUGCAGAGACUCCCAGCAUAUGGAGGCUCAUGCUACUCUCCGCGACCACGCACAAAUUACCACGUGCCCCAUUGAGAGUGAGAACCACUAAUCGCGACCACGAGGAGGUUACCCCAUGUGACUCUACCCUCCCUUGCAACCAGGCCAAUUUGGUUGCUUAGGAGACCUGGCUGAAGUCACUGGCUGGAUUCAAACUCGUGACUCCAGGGGUGGUAAUCAGUGCCAAUGCUCGCUGAGCUACCCAGGCCCCAAGGAGUGUAUUUUUAAACUUCUAACAACUAUUUAGAAAAUUGUUUCUUUCAUGGUCAUUAUGGAUGAAAGACAAUACAAUCAUCUCUUUUAAAGAAAAAAAUAAAGCUUAGUCUUCUAACAACUUGCAAGACUUCAGAAAACCUUACGGCGUUUCUAGUAACAGAACAUAGUAAGCAACAAAGCUCCCUGGUUAUUACAGUGCAUUCUGGGAAAUUUUAGGGAGCGAACAUUUCAGUGCACUGGAUUGAUUUUGCGGUUGAGACAGCCCCUAGAAAUGGCCGACUCCCUGAUCAGUGAACUUGGUAGCUGAUUCAGAUUCACCCUAAGACAUGCGUGUUCGUUUCCUGCUAUUCUCUUCUGGAAAUACUUGAGAAGCUCGCUCUUCCUUUUUAUUACGCUGUAUUUUCUUUUCAAAUAUUGCCAUUUUCUGAUUAAUAGAGAAAUAUUGACGUGCAUGUAAACAGUCGUUGUAAUAUUAACUCUCCUCAUCAUAUGUAAUUGCUGUGCAAGUGAAUUUUAUUGUGUCUGUUUUGAAGCCCUGGAGCCAAUCCUAAAACACACGGCAGCGAUGUCCUGUGUAGGUGAUGAGGUAAUAAGUGGAGUACCAUAGAGUAUUUCCUAAUCACAGUUUAUGUUAUGUGGAAAUGUAGUUACAUUUCUACACUGUGUUCCUUAUAGAUAUCCAUGGCAGAUAUUUGUCUUGUGUCCUAAGUCUACAAUGCUGAAAGAUAAUUCUUUAAAGCUUUCUGCACUUGUUUUCAACAUCACAGCGUUCUGCAAAAUGCACCUUAAAGGGAUAGCUCACCUAAUUUCCUUACCCAUUUGUCAUUCCAAACCUGUGUAACUUUCUCUUUCUGUUGUACACAUAAGUAGUUUGGCAAAAUAUGUUAGCAAUCAUUUUUAUUGCAUCUAUUUUUCUGUACAAUGAAAGUGAAUGGUGACUGAGGCUCUCAUUCUGUCUGACAUCUACUUUUGUGUUCUACUUAAAGUAAGUCAUAUGGGUUGGGAACAACAUGAGGUUAAGUAAAUGACAGAAUUUCCAUUUUUAGGUGAACUAUGCCUUUAAAUGUUAACUUAUCUACUGUCCUUUUCCAAAGGUUCAAGGUAAAUAUGACCCCAUUCCCUACUAUCAAAAGGCUGAACCAGACCUUACUUGAGAUUGAGGCCUUCAAAGUGAGACAUCCAUCUUGUCAGCCUGAUACCCCUGAUGACAUGCGAGCAUAAUUUUGUAAAGAUCAUUAUUGAAAUUAAUAAAAUUCUUGGUACGAAUUUGCACCAGACUCCUCAUUAAAAAAGUUAAGACAGUUUAGUUUGUUUUUGUAAACUACUGCAUUUAUUGUGGUGAUGAAAAGAUUGUAAUCGCAUUUUGCAACUUUCAGAGAUUUGUGAACAUGCUAUACAUCUCAGUGUCAAAGGAAAAUUUCUGUGGCAUGGAAACAUACAAAGUGGACAAAAAUAAAAAAAAGUAUAAAAUACGUGCAAAAUUAAAUAAAACAUUUAUUGCACAAAAAUACAUUGAGUUUGCCAUUAAUCUCUGAAUGUGCUAAAUACAAACCUGAAAUAAAUGUAAAUGAGAAUGAAUGCUUUGCUUGCUUUUAAGGUAAUCAAUAUAAAAACAGUAGCUGUAAGACAGCUGUUAACGCUAAAACUGCAACAAUGCAACCUUAAAAAAAAAAACAAUUUAAGAUACGUGCUUUUGCAUUCCAAUUCCGCCAUUGAGAAUCCCAUAGAAGAAUUUUUGGUUCCAAAACAUUUUUAGUUCUACAUAAA